CAUGAUAUCUUGCGCUGCUGCGGCUGCUAUAGAAACGAGGAAGCUAAUCCGUGGAUUAGCUAUCCAUUAUCGUAUUCUGCUCUGUUGGCUAUUUCUUGUGGGUGUCUGUACUCGGUGAACAUAAUAAAACGUCGACGCUGUGUGUAAUGUCAUUAUGUCUGCAGCACCUGCGGAGAUGAAAGAAAAUGCUGAAGCAAAUGCCAAGUGGCUGGAUGCCCAUUAUGACCCUGUAGCCAAUCUGUACACGUUUUCACCUUGCAUCGCUCUGGCGGAUCUGCAGGGUGACGGGGAGAACAAGCUGGUCGUGGGCGACCUGGGUACCGGCGUGUGCAGCAUGAAGCUGAAGGUGUACCGCGGCACUAGCAUGAUGAGUGAGAAUACGCUGCUGGACCUGCCCACGGGCCUGGUGUCCUUCUUCAUGGACCAGCACGAGCCGCGCACGCCCGCCAUCGCCGUGGCCUCAGGGCCCUUCAUCUACGUCUACAAGAACCUGCGACCCUACUUCAAAUUCACCCUGCCCACCCUGGAGGUCAACCCCCUGGAGCAAGAGGUCUGGAGCCAGGCCAAGGAGGACAUGAUUGACCCCCUGUCCCUGAAAGAGAUGCUGGAGGGAAUCAGGGACAAAGCUGACAUACCCCUCUCCGUCCGAUCCCUGAAGUUUCUUAUGUUGGACCCACAGGAGAUGGAGGCCUUUGUCAACGUCCACAAGCAGCAGCCAAUCCGCAGACAGACGGUCAUCACCUGUAUCAGCACUCUGAAGAAGAACAUGGCUGAUGAGGAUGCAGUGAGCUGUCUGGUGAUUGGUACAGAGAGCAAAGAUGUCUUCGUCCUGGAUCCAGAAGCUUUCACCAUCCUGUCCCAGAUGUCCCUCCCCAGCGCCCCCACUCUGAUGGAUGUGACGGGGCAGUUUGAUGUGGAGUUCCGCAUUACGGUCGCCUGUCGCAACGGCAACAUCUACGUUCUCCGCAGGGAAUCCCCCAAGCCCAAGUACUGCAUCGAGCUGAGCUCCCACCCCGUGGGCCUGGUGAGGGUCGGGAAGAAUGUGGUGGUGGGCUGCGCUCAGGAGACCCUGCAGGGCUACACGCAGAAGGGGAAGAAGCUGUGGACGGUGUACCUCCCGGCGGCCAUCACCGCCAUGGGCCUGAUGGACCACCACAGCAGGGGGUUCCAGGCCGUCCUGGUGGGGCUGGCCAGCAGCGAGGUGCACCUGUACCGGGACAAGAACCUCGUCAGCACCAUCAAGACCCCGGACGUGGUCACCAGCAUCUGCUUUGGGAGGUACGGCCGAGAGGAAGGCACCCUCAUAAUGACCACUAAAGGAGGGGGUCUGAUGGUGAAGAUCCUGAAGCGGACGGCGGUGUUUGAGGACAGAGACAUGGCCCCCGGGCCCCCCCUCGCUCAGAGCAUCCGCCUCAACGUCCCCAAGAAGACCAAGCUGUACGUGGACCAGACUAUGAGGGAGCGGGAGAACGCCGUGGCGAUGCACAGGACCUUCCAGAUGGACCUGAGCCGGCUGCGCCUGGCCGUGGCCCGGGCCUACGUGAAGGCCCUGGAGUCCAGCCUCACCCCCAUGUCCUCCAGCCUGGCGGAGCCGCUCAAGAUGAACGCCGUGGUUCAAGGCCUCGGGCCGUCCUUCAAGCUCACGCUCAACAUCCAGAACACCGCGGCCUGCCGCCCCGUCAUGAACCUGGCCGUCAGCUUCCUGUACGACGAGACGCUGUACAGCAUGAGGAGCGCCUUCUUCCAGAUACCUCUGCUUGUUCCUGGACUGAACUACCCCAUCGACACCUUCGUGGAAUGCCUGUCUGAUAAGGGGAUCUCGGAUAUUAUCAAAGUAUUUGUUCUCAGAGAGGGGAAGAGUGCGCCACUACUUACUGCACACAUAAACAUGCCUGUCAGUGAGGGGCUGGCUCUCAACUGACAUGACACACUUUAUACAGCACAAACAUGAACCGCAAUACACACAAUCCCAGACCCAUACAAAUAUUUGCAAAUGCUCACUCUGUCUCUCUCUCUCACACACACACACACACACACACACAAGGAACAGUAACGGCACACAAAUGGGACCAGCCAGCUGGACUGAAAUGUGGGGCAGAUGUAUGAAAACAGUGUAAACUGUCAGCUGGUAGAAUUUGUCUCCAUGGUAAAAACAGACUGUGAAGUUUGAGUAGCGGUCUGCAUUAUAGGUUUAGGGUGAGACCUGCUUGGCAUCUAGCUAUCUGUACUUGACUGUAGGGCCUAAACCCAAAUGCUGCCAAAACACUGUUUGAUUGGCAGGUAAGCGUUGUGUCAUGGUCUUAUAUUUAGGCUCUUUGGAAAGUUAAUAUAGCUUGUAAUUCUGUGAGUGUACAUAUUGUAAUAUUUAUAUGUAAAAUGCACUAUUUAUUUGUAUCGAUUUGUAAUUAUGAAAACACUAGACUUUGUAUUCAUUAUUGAAAAUGGUCUGAAUGAGAGGAUUUCAUUAAAAAAAGAUUUCAUUUUCUGAGA